ACUCAGCCAAGCACAGCACCUUCCUGAAGGCUGCAGCUUCUUCCCACCCUGCAGAAUAAUCCUAGACAGCUUGCAAAAUGUGUGAUGCAUUUGUAGGUACCUGGAGACUUGUCUCCAGUGAAAACUUUGAUGAUUACAUGAAAGAAGUGGGAGUAGGCUUUGCCACCAGGAAAGUGGCUGGUAUGGCCAAACCCAACAUGAUCAUCAGUGUCAAUGGGGAUGUGAUCACCAUUAAAUCAGAAAGUACCUUUAAGAAUACAGAGAUUUCCUUCAGACUGGGCCAGGAAUUUGAUGAAGUCACAGCAGAUGACAGAAAAGUCAAGAGCAUCAUAACCUUAGAUGGAGGUGCCCUUAUACAGGUGCAGAAAUGGGAUGGAAAGUCAACAACCAUAAAGAGAAAGAGAGUGGAUGAUAAACUUGUGGUGGAAUGUGUCAUGAAAGGUGUCACUUCUACCCGAGUUUAUGAAAGAGCCUAAACCAAGGGACACUGAACUGGAUGGAAAUUUACGUCGAACUGUAUGCCAUUCUGUUGGAUAUGUUGUCCAAACAUACAUUGCUACUUCCCACUAAUUAGCAAGCAACUAAUUUUUUGCCAAUCUGAUUUUAUUCUAUGUGAUUGCAUUUCAUUGGUUAAAUAAAAGGUUUUAGAGUUGGAA